UGGAGAAUUCGAAACUGGAUUAUUCUGUUCAUAUUCUAUAUCUAAGCGCGCAUGCGUUGUUAUUCCCUCCAUUAUGGGGUCGAUAGAUGUCUAGAUUCGUUUUCUCGUGACAAGCUCAUGACAUGUAGAUCACUUAGCACGGCCGACGGGAGCCCUGUGCUUAUAGUCCACAGGCAAAUUGCGGAAGUAACCUGUACAAAUUGCCUGUAAACAUUCGAAAUCAAAUUCAAAAUGCCUGUUGGCGAAGCAAUUCAGCUGGCUGGUUUCAUCCUCAAUGCAAGUAGUAAAGGAUUAUCUGUGCUAUCCUCUUUAAAGAAGAGACAAGAAGCAGCACAGCAAAGUAAAAAGUCACGGAGGCAAUUUUUGAUAUCUCUCUUGCAGCAGUCAGCCUUGUCCAUUCAACUAGGCGUAGAGCUCCUACUCGAGUACAUGUAUUCUUCUGGCGAAGAGUCCCAGAACUAUGAAGCUGAUGAAUGGUGUAGACUUCUUGGUAAUGCUAGUCUUUCGGCGGGAGCAACAUUUGAAAGUCAUGUCCCAGAUGUUCUUUGGUCACUUAAAGGGGUAAUACCAGAUAUAAUAAAUCGUAUCGUUGACGAAUCAAAUGAAAAAGUUGCAAAAGCUAAAGAAUUCUUUCGAGUUGCAAGCUUAUUGGCGUCGGCUGUGUUUGAAGAUUUCGGAAGGUCGCUCGAUUAUUUCGUGAUUUUCUGUAUGGCGUCAAGCUUGAAGUUGUGUGCUACGGUGUUGUUUCGCUUUCCAACCAAUCGUGAUCUGUUAACAAUGGAGAUAGUGAAUACAAUUCUCCAGCUUGAAGAACGUAGAGUUCCUAUUCCAAAACAAUCGUUGCUUUUCCGAGGCAAAGCUGAGAUGGAUGCAAAGUUCAUUAGAAAAUCUAUUUUCUGUAUGUUUGUUCUGGUCAGUCGUUUAGCUGCUCAUUGCGGAUCACACAACCAAGCAAGAAUUCAAGGUAUUCUUGACAAUAGCCGUGCUUUGGGCGUGGGGACUUUAAUUGAAUGGAACUCAUUUAAACGAGAGCAGCAAACCUCAUUUGGCCAACAAGGUGUGAGUGCCAAUGACUUGGAUGGAAUUUCUGCCAUAGCAGUAAACAGCAAAGGUCAAUUAAUUGUAGCAGAGCACGAGAACAGACGAAUCAAGACUCUAAACGAAGAGGGGCAAUGCCUGUUUAUCUUUGAAAACCCAACCAUUAAUGACCAAAACGUAAUUGGCCAACCAGUUGCCAUGACAAUAGACAAGAAUGACAACGUGUUUGUGUUGAUGACAAGAAUGCGUGAUUAUUUCAUCGUCAAAUACGACCCCGAAGGGAAAGUGGUCACAUGGUUUGAAAUGAAACAGGGUUUCACUGAUGAUCCUGCAAGGGUUUGUGGUAUGGCUAUCAACUCCCAAGGUGCCAUUUUCCUUGGCGAAGCUGUAAGCAGCCGUAUAUGUGUAUUUGAAAUGCUUGACAACGAUUUGGCACUCCGUUCGUCAAUCCCACUGAAAAGUGAAUUUUCAUUUUGUGUCGAUACUUAUGACAACCUCUACAUCUCGCAAAAAGAUGUGUUGCACAUUUUCAAGAGAGCAGAAGAGGUACCCAAUGGCUUCCAUAUGAAGUUUGAAAGGAAAGGUAUAUUAAGAGAUGCGAGGCUUAGGAAGGGAGGAAUCAUUUUUGCACUUGCAAUGGAUAGUUAUUUUCAACACGUACUGGUCUUGACCAAUGGGAAGAAGACAAAAAUGGGUCCAAUACUUUGGUUUCUUGACAGGGAAUCAGGUGCAGUCAAAGGAAUCCAUCGUUUUCCUCUGAUUGCCGAUCAGAAUAUUUGCAUAGCUUCGUGGAAGAGAACUUUGUAUUGGGUAACUAAGGAAGCGAGUGUCAUCAAUCGCAUCACAACACUGGAGCAAGCCAUGUAUAGCUACUAGUACGGCUCAUCGGGCAGAAGCGUGUGAGCAUUCGGCACCGCCUCGUCAUAGAGGUACUCUUGCUUUCUCUUCAGAACUGGGCCACCAACGCCAGGGUAAAAACUAUUUUUAAAAAGGAUUUUUUUUCAGGUCAACUUUCUCCAAUUAACUUCUUCAACAACCUAGAACAAAUGCAUUUACUGCAAAGAAAAACAUUUAGCUGAUUUGUAAAUUUGGUAAUAUUUUUGGUUAACUUUUAAUAUUUUACAAAUUUGGAAUUAAUGAAGUACAUGUGUUUGGUACUAUAUGUAUAUGAUCAUACAAGUAAAGUUAGCGUAGGCAAGGAAAAAAUAGAGACGAAGAUAGAAGUGGUUAUUAAGUAAUGGUCCGAGUAAGAAGCAGGCAAGCAAACGGCAAUGGAAUGCAUGAAGGUGCUAAUUAUGUAUUGUAUAAUCCAUCCAUCUCAUUGGUUAAAACAUUAAAAUCUGACAUAUUUUCAAAA